AUGACGCGCCCCGCCGAUGCCCCAGGACGAGCUGGAGGCUGCUCGGUGGACAUCAACGACGAGUCGGCGUUCCCGGAUCCGCAGCCGUUGUUCCUGUUGCCGGGCGGCAGUGCCGACGCGAAGGGUUUCUGGGAGCCGGAAGUGUCCAGCGAGCUGCUGACGUUGCAGGAGGGCGACCAGCUGAACCUCGCCUGCACGGGCUCCGGCAACGUCCUCACUGUGCUGGGGGUCGCAGAGGCGACAGCGACUUGCGUGUCCGGCACGACGUUCUCGGUGGACGGGCGCAGCUACGCGCUGAGCGACCUCAAGUGCAGCUCCCUCCCCGACAGCUCGCAACGUGACACGCAGCAGACCUGUGGCGCCUCUGCCGGCGUCUACCCGCUACUGCAGAUCGGCUUCGAGCUCUCCACCGGUUUUGUCAAGCUCAUCGACAUCUGCUUCGAUGACACGCGACUGACGGCGCUCUACGCGCAAGAGACCAUAGUGGCUGGCAUCGGUGGCUACCAAAGCGGCUUCCCUAGACCCAACUGGAUGCAAGGCGACUUCUUCGGCGACAUAGACGUAAACACGGCGUACACACAGAACAAACAGCGCGAGACUAUUUCGGAGAUCCUCGGUUCGAGCGAGCUGGGGGACCAGUACGUCACGUCUGGCGACUACUACUUGUCUAGGGGCCACCUGUCUGCCAAGGCCGACUGGGUGUUCGGCUCGCAGCAGACCGCCACCUUCUGGUUCCUCAACGCGGCACCUCAGUGGCAGACCUUCAAUGGUGCCAACUGGGAAACGGUGGAGAGCAACGUACGCUACUACGCGAGCAAGAAAGGUGCCGACCUCACGGUAUACACUGGAACCUACGGCGUCGCCACGCUGCCCAAUGUGGACGGCGUGGAGACAGAGCUGUACCUGGUGGCUGACACCAAGCAGAUCCCCGUGCCGAAGCUGUACUGGAAGGUGGUGCACGACGCAGCCAACGACGCGGGCGUGGCUCUGAUCGGCAUCAACAAUCCGUAUGUGUCCGACCCAGGAGACGACUACUACCUGUGUCCCGACGUGUGCAGCAAGCUCAGCUGGGUCACUUGGGAAUCCAACGACCAGAAGAAAGGCUUCAGCUAUUGCUGUGAAGUCAGUGAGUUCCAGAAGGUCGUCUCCGUACUGCCAGAAAUCAGCGUCAGCUCACUGCCUACUCUCUAGUCACAAACCUGAUAACGCGUGAGCUAACAGUUCAGCAACUACACUGGAGAAUUAACAGUCUCAGCGGGGAUAAUCUGCACUCCUCAUCUGUGUAGCUACGACAAACUGCCAAAUUCUUCACUUUCUGCGAUUACUUUUGAUUCUUUUUCUACCACCGAUACUGUACAUUAAAUACAAUAAAAGUCAUC